AUGACUGCCGGAAUGGAUACCGAGCCAACUCAAGGAUCCAUCGCAGCCUCUGCCAGAGCAGGCUCGACCAAACGGCGGCGAUUGAAUUUUGCCUGUAACUACUGCCGGGCCCGCAAAACCCGAUGCGAUGAACAACAGCCAUCCUGCCAAGCUUGUCUGCUCGCCGGUGUCCCCUGUGUCACCGAGGACCGCCGAAAACCCGGACAGCGGGUUCAGCGGCGUGAGGCGGGCAAGGGGCCUGAUGCCUCUUCUGCGUGUUCAGCAAGCCCGCUGGAAGAGCAUCGCGCAGCAGACGCGGACAACUGCCAGGCAAGGUCACCGGUGGAUUCAAGAACUACGUCUAUCAUACCUCUAGAAAGGCCGGACAUGGCCGGGAGCGAAUCGGGGUCGCAGGCUCAGGAUGGGGCCUCAACCGCCCAGACGCUCAACAACCGCUUGCCAAUUUGGUGCCAGAGCGAAGCAGCCAACUCGUUUGAGAUAUUGACAGAGUGGCUCGAUUUGGCCUUUCACCGACUGAGCAUCCCAUACCGGGUUGGCGUCAAUCAAGGCACCGAGUCGGGCGCAAGUAAUACGACACCCAACCCGCGCCACGGUCUUGUUCAACUGCAACCCUCACGAACUGUUCCUGAUAUCCCCGACGCCCAGACCGUGGAGAAACUCAUCCAAGUGUUCAAGGAAGAAACUCACGCCUUUUUCCCUGUCCUGCGCUUGGACCUCGCCCGUGCUGAAGCUUUGCAAGCCUGCCUACUUUCUGCAAAUACAAAUCAAACUGAGACCAUCGAUCUGAACUUGCUGAGAAUACUACUCUUGCUCGCGGCUGGGGGUUUCCAUCAGCAAGAGCAGAAGGACUUUACGAAACAUACAUUGACCCUCGCCAGAGACUCUCUCGGUCAUUUGAUAGGGUCGGUAACCAUCGAUACAGUUGAGGUCCUGUUCCUCUUUUCUGUCUGUCUGAGACUGAACGAUGAGCUUGCUUCAGCCUGGACAACGCUCGGUCUCUGCAUCUCACUGGCUGCUUGCCUCGGGCUCCACAGGCCGAGUGCAAAGCACUCUCCCGUCUCUCAGCACCGUCACCCUGUCUGGUGGGCCAUCUAUAGCUACGAAAAGUUUUUCUCUUUUCAACUUGGGCAUAUGUCGAGCAUUCCGGAUGAAGGCUAUGACAAUCAUGAUGACAUUAAUUCGAAUUGGGCGAAUACGAAGCCGCACGAGUUUGUUUUGGCCAUGGCUCGGGUCCUGAGCAAAGUGAGCCGAAGGUGUGUUGAGGCGCGGCGAAAAGAGGAUUUGGCAAGCAACAGAGACUUGGAGGCAGCUAUUAAAGAAAAGGUUCACGCAACGGGAGAGUCUCUUCUCAUGUUGGUGGAUUGGGCCGAGGGGCUUCCACUAAAUAUCAGACCAACUUCCAACUCACUACCUGUGUCUCAAGAUGAUGAAGCUAUAGCAUCCUUCAUCUCUCUCUACUAUCAUAAUGCGAUCCUCAUGGUUUCUCGCAACUGUCUCCUAAUCAGUAACUCAGCCCUGCACAAGGCUGUCGAGAUUAUUGCCAAGGGGAGCCCGUGGGAACACAUAAUCCGCAACGGACAAUACUUAGUGGCUAGUUCCGCCCGCAAGAUGGUGCAUCUCCUUGCCGAGAACGAGGUGGCGCGAAGACCUGCACUCGUGCCCUACUACUUCUCGCCUUUGCACGCGUUCUACGUCCUAGCUAUCGGCAUCUUGAAGCAGCCAGGCUCGAGAGCCUCUCGAAUAGAUCAAAGCGUAAGCUUCCCCACACAUCAGCAGCACGAGGACAGUGGAUAUUCUGACAGAAAACAGCUGCUAGAAACUGCUGCUGACAUGGUGCGUUGCUCCUGUCUGGGGCUGGAAGCCGGCCGCCUAGUGUGUGUGAUCGAAGGCGUUCUGAAUCUAACCUUCAACGCCAUCACUGCAGCCCGGGGUUCUUCCCAAAGCAACCGCACUGUGGAUGGAAAUACCACCGAGACCUUGGGACCUUCCGAGAACAGCGGUGAGCUCCUGUCCUGGCCAGAAACAGGCGAUGCCGUUUCGUUGCAUGGACCGAGGCCAUUGGACCCAAUCAACCCAGGCCCCUUUGUCCAGGUGGUAAAUAACACGCGUUUCGACCCGAACGCUGGAGAUAUGUAUACUUCUCCGAUGUUACCGGACAAGAUCGGGAGUGACUGGGCUCAUUUUGAGGAUUUUUUAGCAAGGCUAGAGGAAGAUAAUUCCUUGCCCUCUAUAAGCGAUAGUUUAGUAUAA